AUAGAAUUACAGAGACAAAUCUCCAAAUUCAAAGUCAUGUGAUUUCUAUGGCUAUCCGAAGGCAGGUGUUGCACGUGCGUCUUAUCACUUGUGAACCUCAGCUCAGUGACCUAGAUUUCGUCUCACCAAUAAACCAACGCAAACACUGGCCACUCCGAGGUAGCGAGGCUGGAAUUUGACCUGAGAUCGUAGAGACGUCAGACGGAGAAACAACGGCAUGACAUCGGCAGCCACGAAGACGUACCAAACCUUCAAUGGAAAGGAGGCGGAGCCUAAUGAAACACAAGAUGAGAGUGAUGUGAAGACAAGGAGUAAAGCGGUGCGGGAACGGGAAGACAUCUUUCUGUGGUCCGGCGGCAUCGCCUUCAUUGUCAUCCUCAUCGGCAUCAUCUUCGGCAUAGGCCACGCUAGACACUGGGAUGCACAAUCAGGACACACGCACAACACCAGCGCCACCUCACGGGAGAGGUUCCUCCCAGAACCAUUUGUACCGGAACCUGGCGUAAAAGGGAGGUACGGCGUUGAGCCUGACUCCCGGUGGUACUACUGGAAGCUCCCCCCGGACAGAGUGACCCCCUACACACAACUGUUUGCCUGGCUCUGCUACAUCGGACACCAGGUUUUGACUUGGACGGUCCUGUACAUCGCACAACACCACAAGGCACAGGUGACGAAGUCCCAACGUUACAGCACCCGACUCACCAAGUGGAACUAUAUUUCCUUCGGUCUCCAUGUAUUCUUCCACCUUCUCCAUCUUGCGCAGACGCACACGACGUAUGACGCUCUUGCCUCCGAUGUGUCUAUUGCCAGCUCUCAAAGCUCCGUCGUCAUGAUUCUGGUGUUCAUCAUGUUGAUCGAAUAUCGAGACCGGGGCAUCGUCUUCCUCUGGCCCACUGACCUUCAGCAGGACAAGUUCAGCAAGAAACUCAGACUGGAUCAGGCGGCCUUCACCUUCAUCAGACGUUACCAUGGUUACGCCUUUGCUUGGGGCGCCAUCUAUACGUUUUGGUACCACCCGAUGGAAAACACAUGGGGGCAUGCCUUAGGGUUCUUCCACACUUGGAUAAUAAUGCUGCAAGGCAGUUUGAUUUAUACCAACUUCCAUCUUAACAAAUACUGGCGGCUGCUUUUGGAGACCUGGGUCACACUCCACGGCACCGUGGUCGCCCUACAGACUGGAGGGCCGGAUCUCCUUGGCACCAAGCUUUGGCCAAUGUUCUGUUUUGGAUUUUCCUUUCUCAUUGUCGUGUCACAGAUAUUUUCGUUGCCGUUCUGGCGGAAGAUCCAUGCUGCAUUUCGAGUUAUCCCCCUUGCCAUCUACAUCGGCGUUAUCCUGUACAUGUACAGCUGGAUCCCGGACGCUCAAGGUCGCACGUUCGUCAGACUCCAGGAGGUUGUCCGCAUCCCCGCCGUGUAUUAUCUAGGUUUCAUAUACGCCUGGCUGCUGUUUUGGGGGCUUUUUAAGUUGGAGACGAAACUGAGAGACGUGAAGAAGAACCCGUCGACCUUGAAGAAGGCCGUCGGUCUUGUGUUCUCUUUCGUCAUGUUUGUCAUCUUCGUUGGGAUAAGUGUCAGUAUUCAGAUGUAUGACGUCCAGCAGGGGCUGAUUAUUAUGAUGAUUAUGCUAGUGUUUGUGUUCGUCACCGGCGUGUGCUUGGUGUGUGUGAGCAUCAACCAGACACUGCCCAGCGUUCAAGUGACGAGAGACAAGAACGAGAGUAACAAGACGCCAGGCGGUGAUCACAAUGGUGUUGGUAACAACGUUACACACCGGCUGUAAUAAACGUGUUAUUGUAUGCUAACAACGUUACACACCGGCUGUAAUAAACGUGUUAUUGUAUGGUAACAACGUUACACACCGGCUGUAAUAAACGUGUUAUUGUAUGCUAACAACGUUACACACCGGCUGUAAUAAACGUGUUAUUGUAUGCUAACAAGUUUACACACCGGCUGUAAUAAACGUGUUAUUGUAUGCUAACAACGUUACACACCGGCUGUAAUAAACGUGUUAUUGUAUGGUAACAACAUUACACACCGGCUGUAAUAAACGUGUUAUUGUAUGGUAACAACGUUACACACCGGCUGUAAUAAACGUGUUAUUGUAUGCUAACAACGUUACACACCGGCUGUAAUAAACGUGUUAUUGUAUGCUAACAACUUUACACACCGGCUGUAAUAAACGUGUUAUUGUAUGCUAACAACGUUACACACCGGCUGUAAUAAACGUGUUAUUGUAUGGUAACAACGUUACACACCGGCUGUAAUAAACGUGUUAUUGUAUGGUAACAACGUUACACACCGGCUGUAAUAAACGUGUUAUUGUAUGGUAACAACGUUACACACCGGCUGUAAUAAACGUGUUAUUGUAUGGUAACAACGUUACACACCGGCUGUAAUAAACGUGUUAUUGUAUGGUAACAACGUUACACACCGGCUGUAAUACACGUGUUAUUGUAUGGUAACAACGUUACACACCGGCUGUAAUAAACGUGUUAUUGUAUGGUAACAACGUUACACACCGGCUGUAAUAAACGUGUUAUUGUAUGGUAACAACAUUACACACCGACUGUAAUAAACGUGUUAUUGUAUGGUAACAACGUUACACACCGGCUGUAAUAAACGUGUUAUUGUAUGGUAACAACGUUACACACCGGCUGUAAUAAACGUGUUAUUGUAUGGUAACAACGUUACACACCGGCUGUAAUAAACGUGUUAUUGUAUGGUAACAACGUUACACACCGGCUGUAAUAAACGUGUUAUUGUAUGGUAACAACGUUACACACCGGCUGUAAUAAACGUGUUAUUGUAUGGUAACAACAUUACACACCGGCUGUAAUAAACGUGUUAUUGUAUGCUAACAUCAUUACACACCGGCUGUAAUAAACGUGUUAUUGUAUGGUAACAACGUUACACACCGGCUGUAAUAAACGUGUUAUUGUAUGGUAACAACGUUACACACCGGCUGUAAUAAACGUGUUAUUGUAUGCUAACAACAUUACACACCGGCUGUAAUAAACGUGUUAUUGUAUGCUAACAACGUUACACACCGGCUGUAAUAAACGUGUUAUUGUAUGGUAACAACGUUACACACCGGCUGUAAUAAACGUGUUAUUGUAUGCUAACAACGUUACACACCGGCUGUAAUAAACGUGUUAUUGUAUGGUAACAACGUUACACACCGGCUGUAAUAAACGUGUUAUUGUAUGGUAACAACGUUACACACCGGCUGUAAUAAACGUGUUAUUGUAUGCUAACAACAUUACACACCGGCUGUAAUAAACGUGUUAUUGUAUGCUAACAACGUUACACACCGGCUGUAAUAAACGUGUUAUUGUAUGCUAACAACGUUACACACCGGCUGUAAUAAACGUGUUAUUGUAUGCUAACAACGUUACACACCGGCUGUAAUAAACGUGUUAUUGUAUGCUAACAACAUUACACACCGGCUGUAAUAAACGUGUUAUUGUAUGCUAACAACGUUACACACCGGCUGUGAUAAACGUGUUAUUGUAUGCUAACAACGUUACACACCGGCUGUAGUAAACGUGUUAUUGUAUGCUAACAACAUUACACACCGGCUGUAAUAAACGUGUUAUUGUAUGGUAACAACGUUACACACCGGCUGUAAUAAACAUGUUAUUGUAUGCUAACAACAUUACACACCGGCUGUGAUAAACGUGUUAUUGUAUGCUAACAACAUUACACACCGGCUGUGAUAAACAUGUUAUUGUAUGCUAACAACAUUACACACCGGCUGUAAUAAACGUGUUAUUGUAUGCUAACAACGUUACACACCGGCUGUAAUAAACGUGUUAUUGUAUGCUAACAACGUUACACACCGGCUGUAAUAAACGUGUUAUUGUAUGCUAACAACGUUACACAUGGCUGUAAUAAACGUGUUAUUGUAUGCUAACAACAUUACACACCGGCUGUAAUAAACGUGUUAUUGUAUGCUAACAACGUUACACACCGGCUGUAAUAAACGUGUUAUUGUAUGCUAACAACGUUACACACCGGCUGUAAUAAACGUGUUAUUGUAUGCUAACAACAUUACACACCGGCUGUAAUAAACGUGUUAUUGUAUGCUAACAACGUUACACACCGGCUGUAAUAAACGUGUUAUUGUAUGCUAACAACGUUACACACCGGCUGUGAUAAACGUGUUAUUGUAUGCUAACAACAUUACACACCGGCUGUGAUAAACGUGUUAUUGUAUGCUAACAACGUUACACACCGGCUGUGAUAAACGUGUUAUUGUAUGCUAACAACAUUACACACCGGCUGUGAUAAACGUGUUAUUGUAUGCUAACAACAUUACACACCGGCUGUGAUAAACGUGUUAUUGUAUGCUAACAACAUUACACACCGGCUGUAAUAAACGUGUUAUUGUAUGCUAACAACAUUACACACCGGCUGUAAUAAACAUGUUAUUGUAUGCUAACAACGUUACACACCGGCUGUGAUAAACAUGUUUUUGUAUG